AUGUGGACAAUAGCUCUUCUUCUUCUUGUCGGAGUUUGUUCCGCCUUACCCAUGAACAAGAUUGUUGGGGGAUCAAAUGCUACCCCUAACGACUGGCCCUGGCAGAUUUCCUUGCAGUUCCAGGGUUCCACUGGUGGCUAUGGGCACAUCUGUGGCGCCUCCCUCAUCUCUGAAAAUUACGCCUUGACCGCCGCACACUGUGUGUCACACGACACGACCAUCUCUAAAUAUAGACUGCUUCUAGGGGAACAUCAGUUCAGUGUCACCUCAGGAAAUGAACAGACCAUCACUCUGUCAAACAUCUUAAUGCAUCCGCAAUACAGUGAUAGCGCCGGAGGAUUUCCCAAUGACAUUGCCAUCCUUAGACUGUCUUCCCCCGCAAAAUUGAAUGAAUUCGUCAAAGUGGCAACCCUACCCUCCUCUACCAGUACUUCCUUCUACAACGGAAGAACUUGUUACAUUACCGGAUGGGGGCGUCUCACUGGAGGCGGAGAUCUCCCCGAUACUCUGCAAGAAGCCCAGACCACAGUUAUGUCCCAUAGUAACUGUCGAAGUGCCCUUGGUAUCUCGGGACUUCUCUACCUCCAGGAGGGGCCACAUGUCUGUGUCUACACCGGCAGCAACGGAGCAUGUAACGGAGACUCUGGUGGCCCCCUGGUCUGUGACGUCAACGGUGCCUGGGAAUUGGCUGGUGCCACUUCCUGGGGUCUCCAGAAUUGCCCCACCUCUAGUCCCUCUGUCUACGCCCGCGUAUCCAACUACCUGAGCUGGAUCAGACAGAAUACAGACUUGUAAUAACUCGGAUUCUCCCAGGAGUCUUGUGCCGUUUUUAUUGGAAUAAAGUACAAGGAAUUCAUUUA